CUUCUAUCUCUUUCGCUCGCACCUCCCGACUUUCUCAAGGGGAAGUAAAAGGGAGGUGAAAAAUAGAAGAAAUGGCGACAAAUUCUUCUCGAGCGUACCCAAGCGCUUCAAGAAUCUCCGACUCCCCUUGUUAUCCUCAAUAUUCAGCCUCUCUCAAAUGCCUCGAGGAAUCCAACUCUGAUAAGAGCAAAUGCCAGCACCAUUUUGAUGUUUACAAGGAAUGCAAAAAGAAGGAGAGGGAAGCCCGAUUAGAACGCAACAGCAAGAGAUCGUUCUUUCAGUAAGAGCAAACAUUCCACACCAGAAAUGAUAGUGAUGUAAUAAGGUGAAUGAUGUCUUCCAAUUCUUCCUUUCCAAUGUGGGUAAAUACAAGUUUCACAUAUUCAUGGUGCGACGCUAUUUUUCAUGUUGUGCUAUGGGCGUCCAUUUCCAGUUUGGACGUAGAGAUGAAAGUCACUCUUGCUACUUUGUGAGUCUUAGUUCUGAAACGGGUUUUGAUGCAA